GGUCGGUUCUGUUUUGUCACAACCUCGCCGGCUAAUGAUCACGCAAUCGACACCAGCAAGCAGCACAACCGUCAUUAAAUGUAGGUAAACAUGAUGGCGGUCCAGAUGGAUGUCAACGUUCUUAUCGUGCCUUGAACCAGGUAAACAGUUUCAUAUAUCUCCAGUAUACCCCCUCUUUUUAUAUUUAUCUUACACUCGGAACCGUCCGUCACUCACACACACCUUCAAGAUAUCUUGUUCCUCCGGGCCUGUUGUUUUUCAAUUACCUAGUCAUUCACUGACUCAACCACACCUCCUAUUCUCACACCCAUAUACCCUCAGACACAAUGGCUCCCGGAAUUCUAGUCGAGGAAGCCCAGUCCACCGCGGAUGCUUCUCCCUCCGUUUUCAAGCACAAGAACGCCUACCGCAACCAAGACGCCCCCCGCGACAUCUUCCCCGACGGUAUCCGUACAUCGGGCCAGCACCCUCCCCUUUACGACGUCCUUAAGCCCUACGCGGAGUUCCCCAAGGAGAUCGCCGGCCCGACCGUCUGGAAGCGUGAGGACUUUGUCAACAACCCCGAGCGCUGGGUCCACCCCUUCACCGAUGAGGAAGUGCAAGAACUCUCCGACACCGCGGACGCCUUCAUUGCCUCCGGCACUCCCCUCACGGGCAUCUCACAGGAGAACUUCCCUCUCCCCAAGCUCGGCACCGUCCUCACCAACCUCCGCGAUGACCUGCUCAACGGCAAGGGCUUCAUUUUGUUCAAGCGGUUUCCCGCCGACGUCUGGGGUGCCGAGAAGAACGCCGUCGCCUACAUGGGCUUGGGCACCUACCUGGGCUACUUCCUUUCGCAGAACGGACGCGGCCACGUCUUGGGCCACGUCAAGGACGUCGGCGACGACCCGACCCAGAUCCACACGGUGCGCAUCUACCGCACCACCGCGCGACAGUUCUUCCACGCCGACGACGGCGACAUCGUCGGCCUCUUGUGCGUGCACCGUGCGCAGGAGGGCGGCGAGAGCGACAUUGUCUCUGUCCAUCAUGUCUGGAACACGUUGCAGCAGGAGCAUCCGGACGUGGCCGAGCUCCUCACCAAGCCCAUCUGGUACUUUGACCGCAAGGGCGAGGUGUCGGAGGGCCAGCAGGAGUGGGUCCGUCAGCCGGUUGUGUAUCUGGAGAAUGGCGGCAAGGGAAGGCUUUACUGCAAGUGGGAUCCUUACUAUGUCAAGUCUCUGACUCGCUUCAGCGACAAGGGGUUGAUUCCUGCGUUGAGCGAGGAACAGUUGAGGGCAAUGCAGAUUCUUGAGGAGACGUGCCAGAGGCUGGCACUGCAUAUGAUUCUUGAGGUUGGCGAUAUCCAGUUCUUGAGCAACGCACAUUUGCUGCAUGCUCGUACGGCCUAUAAGGACUUCGCCCCUCCUGCUCCCCGUCGUCACCUCCUCCGUCUGUGGCUUGCCACUCCCGAGAGCGAGGGCGGCUGGGCUCUUCCCAUGCCUGACAGCGACGAGAAGAAGCGCGGUGGUAUCCAGGUGAACAACACCCCUCCCAAGGCUCCUCUCGAUGCCGAGUGAAGCAUUGGUUUUGAUGUCUCUUUUCUUUUACUCUACUUCUUCCUCAUGUAACAAUUUGUUUCCCUCUUCUUUGUACAUAUGGACGGCGAUGACUAGUUGGAGAACAACUUGAAAAAAGAUUAGGUCGGGGCGCGACAUACCUGUAAAGUAACAGGAAGCCUUUUCCGAGAUCUACAUCAGAGACAGACAGAAUGCUGGGAUACAGGACAUGAUGUAACAUGACUGGGCAUUGAGUUACGAACGCUUUUUUCACUGCUGGAACUUGUAUGUUGCUGUACUUCUUGUAAUGCCCAAUAGUCCUGCUUACAAGUUACCCAUCACAGAAAUAAUACGACAUUUGUCAGUAGUGGCC